AUGAUGGAUCGUUUUUCUAGACGUAGCUCUACAAAGAUGUCUGGGCAAACGGCGUCGAAUGAGCAAAAGGCGAGAGAGCAUCGAAUUGGCUUCCCUAGGUGA